AUGAACCUCCAUAGCCUUCUGGUUGCCUGUCUCGCUACCUUAGGGGCAACAUCUCAAGCCUGCGAGACUGACGAAGACUGCAGCCUCAAUGGCCUCUGUCGCCGCCAGUCGCCAUGGUCCAAGCUAGGCGAGAAGAGCUGCAAGUGUGAUCCCGGCUGGUUUGGCGAAGAUUGCGGACAUCUUGAUCUGAGGCCCGCAAUCAAGGACAACGGCUACAACCACUCCGCUGACGCAGUCGACUCAAUGCAUCUCGGUCUAUACGGCAACUCCUCCUGGGGUGGAACUGUUGUGCAAGACCCGCAAGACCCGUCGCUCUUUCAUCUCGUUGCCGCACAGUUUGCAUCCGGAUGCGGACUAAGCGGGUGGAGGCCUUUCUCCUUCAUCAUACGCGCGGAAUCACGAAACGGGCCGCAGGGGCCGUAUCACUACGCCGAAAGUAUCAGCGAGCCUUUCCGGCAUAAUCCAGAGGUGAUUUGGAGUCCGGCGGACGAAAAAUACCUGUUAUACAGCAUCGGUGCAGACGACGAGGAGCAGCCACGUGAGAAAUGCGCCAGUAUCAGCUACAAGCGAUGGCCAAACAACAUCUCCGUCUCGACGGCUCCGGAUAUCCGUGGGCCAUGGACACCCUUCAAGCUGGUGUUGGCCUCGGCUGACCCACACUCGACAAACCCCUCGCCCUGGCCACUGUGGACGCCGCAAACCCGUACAAGCAAGAUUGCCCUAGGCGUAGAAGACAUUGCUAUAUUUCUCUUCGACAGAUACGAUAGCGCAUACGAGCUAGUGCACACGCAGAGUUGGAACACGAGCGAGUACAGCCCUACCUGGACGGAGGACAGCUUCUUAUGGCGCGACAAGCGGGGCCAUUGGCACGCCCUUGCACAUUGGAUGAUUGACCUCGUUGAAGAUGGGCAGAAGUGGCCGCGGGUCGGAGCUCAUGUCUUCGCAAGGGAGCUUACAGGGCCGUGGCACUUGCACCUGCACGAGGCAUUCAAUUCAACGGUGACAUAUUCGGAUGGGACUGUCCGAACGCUGAAGAGGCGAGAAAGGGCCAAGAUCUUCUUUAGCAAUGAUGGCGAGAUGACGCCAUUGUACCUGGUAAAUGGAGUUCAGGAGAUGGGUGAGGGAUCAAGAAGUUCGACGUUCGUUCAACCAAUCGGCGAGGCCUGGAAGGACUUUGAAAAGCGGUUGGGUUUCUAG